AUGAAAGAGGAAAUCGAAAAACUGAAGCAGGCUAUGAAAGCCAUGAAGGACAUAAUCGAUGACAACAAUAAAGAAAAAGCGUAUCAAAAAGCAAUUAACUUGAAUUUGGUACCAAAGGGCCCAACAACGCCAGCUUAUCCGACAACGCCACCAAUAAUCAUUGACCAAUCCAGGCUGAUUCUACUGUCCGUGAAUGAGAAAACCCCCGCUGAAUGGACGAAAUGGAGCAGCUGGCAGAAAUGCUUUUGUGGGAAACAGUUGCGAACUAGGAUAUGUCAGUACGAUGAUCCAUACUUUACAAAAGGAUGUGUUGGGAAAAGUUAUGAGUCGAGACCGUGUAACGUGAUUGAUAAUUGUCCUACCACAGCUGCACCACAGUCAUUGAUAACACCAUCUCAAGUGCCGCCGUUCGAAGCCAGUUAUAAAAAACCGCUGUAUAAGCCGCUUUCUGUUGCUAUAAGAAAGCCAGACGAUGAAAAGGCGAGCAGGAAUUUGGAUGAUGACAAUUAUGUUGAAGACGCUGAUGAAGAUAGUCAGCAGCUGUUGCAGCCGCUGAUAAUAGAUUGA